CUAGAUCUUAAACACAAAAUUUUAAAAACAAAACCAAACAAACAACAACCUUAAAGAUCAUAUUUUUGGAGAAGCUUUGGUUUGGUCUGAAAAAAAAUGGCACUAGCUAUCAACGUUUCUUCUUCUUCAUCUUCUUCUGUGAUCUCAGCCUCUAGCUUCCCUUCUUCUGAGCUCAAAGCACCUCAAAUUGGUUCGUUGAGGUUAUUGGAUCGUAUCAAUGUCUCUGCGGCGUCUCUGAGUCUGUCUGGGAAGCGAUCAUCCGUGAAAGCUCUAAACGUGCAAUCAAUUACAAAGGAAUCCAUGGUUGCUUCUGAGAAGCUAGAUGUGGUGGAAGUUGAAGACUUUGAGGAACUAGCAAAGAGGCUAGAGAAGGCUUCUCCUCUUGAAAUUAUGGAUAAAGCUCUUGAGAAGUUUGGGAAUGACAUUGCUAUUGCCUUUAGUGGAGCUGAAGAUGUAGCUCUCAUUGAGUAUGCUCAUUUAACUGGAAGACCUUAUAGGGUAUUCAGUUUGGAUACAGGGAGAUUGAAUCCUGAAACAUACAGACUCUUCGAUACCGUGGAGAAACAUUACGGUAUUAGGAUUGAGUAUAUGUUUCCUGAUGCUGUUGAGGUUCAAGCUUUGGUUAGGAACAAGGGUUUGUUCUCUUUCUAUGAAGAUGGUCACCAAGAGUGCUGCCGUAUUAGAAAGGUGAGACCUUUGAGGCGUGCUUUGAAGGGUUUACGCGCUUGGAUCACUGGUCAGAGGAAAGAUCAAUCACCUGGAACAAGAUCAGAGAUUCCUGUUGUUCAAGUUGAUCCUGUGUUUGAAGGAUUAGAUGGUGGAGCUGGUAGUUUGGUGAAGUGGAACCCUGUUGCGAAUGUUGAAGGGAAUGAUGUUUGGAAUUUCUUGAGGACCAUGGAUGUUCCUGUGAACACACUUCACGCAGCAGGUUAUGUUUCGAUCGGGUGUGAGCCUUGCACGAGAGCUGUUUUGCCUGGUCAGCAUGAGAGAGAAGGGAGAUGGUGGUGGGAAGAUGCUAAGGCUAAAGAGUGUGGACUUCACAAAGGGAAUAUCAAGGAGAAUACUAAUGGAAACGCAACUGCUAACGUCAAUGGGAAAUCCACAGUUGCGGAUAUCUUCAAUAGCGAGAAUGUUGUGAACUUGAGUAGGCAAGGGAUUGAGAAUUUGAUGAAGUUGGAGAACAGGAAUGAGGCUUGGAUCGUUGUGCUUUACGCUCCGUGGUGCCCGUUUUGUCAGGCAAUGGAAGCUUCAUUCGAUGAAUUGGCGGAUAAGUUGAACGGUAAUGGCGUGAAGGUUGCAAAGUUUAGAGCUGAUGGUGAUCAGAAGGAAUUUGCCAAAAGUGAGUUGCAGCUUGGAAGCUUUCCGACAAUACUUGUGUUCCCAAAGAACUCUUCAAGACCUAUCAAGUAUCCAUCAGAGAAGAGAGAUGUUGAUUCUUUGACAUCGUUCUUGAAUCUUGUCCGGUAAAACCCUCAAACAACAUCCGCCGACUUUACAAUGAGAGAUCAAUAAAAAAAACUUUCAGUCUCGUUCCAGAAUGCUAGAACAGAUGAAGGUAGUGAUGAGAAUCUCUAUUGAAUCUUUUGCUUUUUGUAUAGCUGUGUGUUAAAACAAUCACAUCAAGGUUUUUGCCUUUUUGUGUUUAUCAGUUUUCAGUGUAUAACUCUUUUUGCCUUUGUAAUGAUAUUGAACAAGUUUUCCAAGGUCGAUUA